UCUCUGCAUCGUCACUUUGUAGAACACUUCCCUUCAAAUCCAAUUACCGGAAGGUUUAAUCCAAGGCCGGGCGCGACAUACUAACGGCCUCGGCAUGCCUUAUUAUUCUUACGAGGGCAUCCCUUAUGCAAAACCACCUGUUGGUGAGCUUCGCUUCAAACCACCACAAACGCCCGAUAAGUGGAAAGGGGUAUUGGAUGCCGACGGUGACGUGCCUCACUGCGUCCAGAUUCCGCCAGUGGAUGAAAAUGAGGCCGAGGAUUGCCUCUACUUGAACGUUUACGUGCCGAAGCCGGAGCCGGAAAAUGCCGAACCCAAAGCUGUCAUGGUGUGGAUUUACGGCGGCGGUUUCACCCUGGGAUGGGCCAACUGGAGCUUCUACGGACCCGAUUUUUUGCUCGAACAAGACGUCAUCGUCGUGCAUUUCAAUUACAGGGUCAACGUUUUUGGUUUUCUAAGCACUGGCGAUUCGGCCUCGCCUGGCAACUACGGCCUUAAGGACCAACUCGCGGCCAUGAAAUGGGUAAAAACCAACAUUCCCCUCUUCGGAGGCGACUCGGAAAACAUCACAAUUUUCGGCGAAAGUGCCGGGGCUGCCUCAGUCCAGUACCAUUUAAUAUCGCCCAAAAGUCGUGGUUUGUUCCAUCGAGCCAUUUCCGAGAGUGGCAGUACCAUCUGUCCGUGGGCACUUCAAACCCAUCCAACGGAAAUCGCGCGGAAGAUUGGAGUGGCUGCUGGCUUUAUGAGUGGUACCACGUCCCAGCUUGUAGCCCAUUUGAGGACUCUGAGUACCCAAAAACUUAAAAUGGCCGCCAUUACUGGUCCUAUUCUGACAUUCAAAAUGGAAGACGGGUUAACAUACUCGCCGGUUUUUGAGCCGGAACAUGAAGACGCGUUUUUGACGAAGAGUACGUACGAGGCACUCAAAAAAGGGAAUUUUGAGAAGGUUCCAUACAUUGUCGGGUUUAAUUCGAGGGAGGUUGGGAUCCCUCAAAAGACUAUGGAGGUGACUAAAACAAUCCUCAAUAUUUUGCCUAGCGAAAUUUUGAUUCCGGGUGAUUUGAACAAUAAGGCCAAAAAAGCAGGUGAUGAAGUUAAAACGUUUUAUUUUGGUGACCGGUCAAAAACGAGAGCUGAGCAGUACCUCAAUUUCUACAGUGAUAACGCCUUUUAUCGUCCUAUAAUCCAAAGUGCAAGACUCUACUCCAAAUAUGCUCCUCUCUACAUGUACGAAUUUUCCUAUCAAGGGUAUCUUCUUGGGAAAAAAGCUUUGCAAAUGAGCGAAGAUAAUGAAGUCAACGGUGUGAUGCAUUCGGAGGAACUUUGGUAUCUUUUCAGCCGUAGGGACUUGAAACGUGCCAACGAACCCGAUAAGUUGAUAAGGAGACGUAUGGUCAAACUAUGGACGAAUUUUGCCAAAUUUGGCAAUCCAACUCCUGACGAGGAUCCAGUACUUCAAAAUACGACUUGGCCGCGCUACCAACCGGAGGAUUUUUCCUACUUGAAGAUCGAUCUUGACAUGACAAUCGAAAAGAAUUUCCGAAGUGAGGCCAUGGAAUUCUGGCGGAAGUUAUACGAUACGUACGCUCGUCCUCCUUUUAAUACAUAUUAG